AUCCCGUUGACAUUGCUGCAGGAGGAGCAGAGAGGAGGAGCAGAGGAGGAGGUGGGGACAGUACACCGGACCGGACCGGACCGGAGCAGAGCGGAGCGGACAGCCUGAAGCGUUCACUGACGGGAGCCGCGGUGCAGUGGCAGCCCGUCCUCCCCGCUUCCUCUCCCCGCCUGUCACGCUGUGAUCUCGGGGUCAGUUGGAACCAUGUACCGGCGGCCGCUGCAGGCCGCGGUCCGGACGGCUUUCAACGUGACAACGGCCAGAGGCUACGGGAAGGUUUUAGAUCAAGAAGUCGGCCUCUCCAGAGCUUUAGCAGCCAGAGUGUCCUCUCCGUGUUUAACACCAUGUCGGACAGUUCACAUGAGCACACAGCUGUCCAGCGUGAAGGAGACGCCCCAGCACACGGAGGAGGAGGUCGGAGCCUUCACAAAGCUGAUCGAGGCGAUGGGCUUCACCGGGCCGCUCAAAUACAACAAAUGGAAAAUUAAGAUUGCAGCUCUGCGCAUGUACACGUGCUGCGUGGAGAGAAUCAACUACGAUGACUUCUUUGAAAAGUGCUCCCUCCCCGACACACUGAACUCGUGGUUCUUGGUGGCACAGCUUCAUGUUUGGAUGUGUUUGGUUCGGAUGCGUCAGGAGGGCAGAGCGGGGAAGUACAUGUGCCGGUACAUCGUCCACUCCAUGUGGGAGGACGUCGAGCAGAGGAGCAAAAUCUUGGGGAUCGAUGCCAUCCAUAGAAAGGAAGCGAUGAAGGCGAUGACGGAGACGUUCUACGCCGCCAUAUUUGGAUACGAUGAGGGGAUCCUGUCUGAUGACUGUGUGCUGGCAGCAGCUCUGUGGAGGAAUCUGUUCAACCGAGACUGUGAAGACCCCCGACAGCUCGAGCUCAUGGUGGAGUACGUACGCAAACAGAUGCAGUACAUCGACGCUCUGGAUGGCGAGGACCUGCUGCUGACAGGUGAGGUGAAGUGGCGCCCUCUGGUGGAGGAGAACGCUCAGAGCAUCCUGAAGGUGGCCAGGCCGACGUACAACGACACCGGACUGUGAGGCGAGGAGACGCCGCCUCCUCCUCUUCUUCUCUUUCCUCCUGUCUGUAAUCAUGCAGCACUUUCCCGUCUCUUCACUCGUAUGUUGUAAGGAGGGAUUUUAAAUUGUUGCUGUAGCUUUUCUUCUUGGCUCCUCUCAGAAGUUUCUGGAGGAGCAGUGUUGUCAGAUAGACAGUCAGGGAUCUUCAUCAGGUCAGGUUUGAGAGCUCGGCCUCUUCCUCUCUCCACACGAGAACAAACACUCUGUAUUUAUAUCUCCUGUAUUUAUGAAGUAUUUUGUACCUCCAUGAUUACACUCUCCACCUGCAGAGGUGUCCGCUUACUUCUGUCAAAGGUUCACAGGUGACGUUUAAAUAAUGUUUCAGACGUCUGUCGUUCAUCGUCUCUGCUGCUCGCUCUAUUUUUCCCAUGAUGCUCUCAGACCUGAACAGGAAGUGACCUCAUCACAAACGACGAGAAAGUUUUUAAAAAAGUGAAAUAAUAAAAUGUUCAAUGUUUAAAAA